UAGGGAGUGGUUCAUGGUGCCCCACCCCUGCCGCAGUAUCUUUAUUAAUUUGUUUCACUGAGUUUAGUCAACAUGCACUUGAGGUUUCAGAUCAUAAGACACAAAUUGGAGACUCUUUCUUUCACAGAGACAAGUCACACAGCAUCAUGAGCCUCAGCAGAUGCCUGCUGGAACCAACGGAGGUUAGAGAAUUUAUAAAGCAGUGUAUGCUGGCAGUGGGCACAAAAGAUAGUCAUGCCAGCAGCCUAGCAGAUGUUCUGGUUGAGGGAGACUUGCGCGGCCAUUACAGCCACGGACUCAACCGUAUGGAUUUAUAUGUAAAGGAGACUCGAGCAGGAAUCUGUGCGAAGGAGGGUGAGCCGGUGGUGGAAAAGGAGUCAGUGGCUACAGCGCUUGUAAAUGGGAAGAACCUCCUGGGUCCAGUUGUGGGAAACUUCUGCAUGAGUUUAGCUCUGAAGAAAGCACGAGACGUGGGCAUCGGCUGGGUCGUGGCUUACGACUCCAACCAUUUUGGCAUCGCUGGCUAUUAUUCCUUGCAAGCACUGAAACAGAACAUGAUUGGCAUGUGCUACACUAAUACCUCGCCUCUAGUGGUUCCUACACGAGGUAAAGAGUGCACAUUGGGGACAAACCCUAUUAGUGUAGUAGCUCCUGCUAAGGAUGGAGACAGCUUUGAGCUGGACAUGGCAACCUCGGCUGUUGCUCUCGGAAAGGUGGAGCUUCAUUCACGUAAUGGCCAAUCUAUCCCAGAGGGAUGGGGUUGUGAUGCCAAUGGUCUUCCCAGUUCUGACCCUAAGGCAGUGCUGUCCGGAGGAGGCCUGGUACCUGUGGGUGGCAGUGAGACGACAGGAGGUUAUAAGGGUUAUGGACUUGGACUAAUGGUGGAGGUGUUCUGCGGGAUUCUUUCUGGCUCGAACUACAGCAAAUAUAUACGCACAUGGAGAAUGACUGACAAAAGAGCAAACCUGGGUCAGUGCUUUGUGGCAUUAAACCCAGAAUUCUUUGCUGAUGGAUUCAAUGACAGAAUGUCUGAUCUGCUGUCUCUACACAGGAACACUGAGCCAGCAGACCCACAGAGACCAGUACUGGUCCCAGGAGACCCAGAGAGGAAACAUAACCAGACCUGCCGUGAGCUGGAUGGCAUCCCGUACUCCUUGAGUGUGGUCAAGCACAUGAAUGAGGUUGCCAGCACUUUGGGAGUGUCUCUUCUGCUGCCAACCCACAGACUCAUCCAGUAAAAUGGCAGCUCAGGUGGUGCUAGAGUACUUUUGGAUCACUCCAUAAACUUCGAUGCUGUGAGACGCAAACAACACAAAGAGACUGAUGAGUGUUGAUCUGAACAAGUAGAAGAAGAAGAAGAAACAGUAGCCUUUAUUUGUCAUUUAUAAAUUACAGAACAGUGAAAUUCUUUUCUGCACAUACUUUUUAUGAAAAUGUGGUCAGUGACAAUUGCAAUCUUUAAAAUAUGAUGUUUAACCACGUAAAAUUAUUCAGGAGUUACACAAAAUACACAAGAGAAUAUUCACAAAAUGUACCCAUGUUUUUUAUAUAUAUUUUAUUUUGAUUUUUAAGCAUCACUCAUUUGUCUCAUAUAGUGAUUUGGGUUUUUGGGUUUUCCACGUGAUCACAUUUUACACACAUAAUAUAAGGGAAAAAUCCUUGUUUUCCUUGUCAAGUGUCCAAAUUAAUAUUAAAAAUUAUAAUAUAAAAAUAAAAAUUAAUAUAACAAUUUGUCUGAAAGCAUUAAAAUGUCUUGGGUCUUGUGGUCAGAUGAGAUGAAAAUUAAAAACUUGAAACAACAAUUUAAGCUUUAAAUAAAAUACAUGUUAGUGGGGUGGCAAAAGAUCCAUUGACCUGCAUCCCUAUUAUCUGUAUCUACAUUACACCGUUUGGCCCUUGAGCAAGGCCCCCAACCCAAGCUGCUCAAGGGGCACUGUAUCAUAGCUGACCCUGCGCUCUGACCCUAACCUCCAAGGAUGGGAUAUGUGAAGAAAGAAUUUCACUGUGCAGUAAUGUAUAUGUGACAAAUAAAGACAAAUUUUCAAUUUAAGUCCUUAAAUAUAAAGGUGCUAAUCAUUUCAGAUACAAGUGUUUUUCAGGACAAGGAGGUUUAUAAAGUUUGGAAUCUUAAAGUAAAUCUAUACAACAUUUUAAUAAAUCAAACAAAAUAUCACUGUUAUGUGUUACUGUAUAUUUUUCCAGUUAUUCUAGAGAUAACUGUAUAAAGGCAAUAUUUUUAAAACAGCGGCAUCGUGUGGUGGCACAUGGAAUUACAGCUAAAUGCUCAAAUCACUGAUAUUACACUUUCUAUCAAAUUAUACAGUUCCAAAAUAAAUCAUUAUUUUAAUUCUA